UAUGUUUUUUUCAAGUUACGCGGAAAACAAAGAGGAAAUCGACCUCCACGUGUUAAAGGUCUGCCAAUAAUAGGAAAUGCAAUGGACAUAAAUGAAAACAAUCUUUUUGAUAAAUUAUAUUCAUUUUCAGAGAAAUAUGGAGAGAUAUUCGAAAUGAAGAUUCUGCAUCAGACUUUUGUGAGUCUCAAUUCUGAGAGUUUGAUUCGUAAAGCGUUAGCAACAGAGCCAUAUACACGUUUUAUGAAUGAAAGGACUAAAUUUUUCUACGGAGAGUCAAUGUUGUAUGGCAGUCAAAGUGUAUUUACUUAUGGAGAUCCAUACAGUAAAGUAUACAACGGAAUGCGCAAAGGCAUGGUUAAAGGUCUUCAUGUGUAUGGACAAGAAGGAUUUAACAAAUUUGAAGAAAACAUUCAACUGGAGCUGUGUCGUCUAAAUAACAAAAUUGAAUCUUUUGGCGACUGUGAUUUUGAUGUAGUGGCACUUAUACAACGGUCUUUGACUAAUGUUACCUCACAAUUGCUGAUUGGUGAAUCAUUAUCUGAUGACGACAAAGAUGUUAACAUGUUUUGGGAUUAUGUUGCGGGAAUCAAUGUAUUUGUCAAUGCAAGUGUCAACAAUAUUCUAACGUUCAUGCCUUUCUUGAGAUAUGCUCCGAGCUUUAAAAGCAAAUAUGACUUCAUGUCCAGAGGUAAAGACACAAUUAUUGAGAGAUUCUUCAAGAGCAGAAAGAAUAACGCUACCGGUUCAUCAGAAGGUCUUGUUGAUUAUCUACUUGAUGAGCAAAGAAAGACAAUUGAAGAGGGAAAAGAAGUCAUUUUUACGGAUGAAAGAAUUAUCAGCAAUAUCCUAGAGACGGUGGGAGCAGGAAUACUCACAACUUGGUCUGUACUGACGAGCUCUAUUCUGUGUUUAGUCAACCACCCAGAAUACCAAGACAAGGUAUUUGAAGAAAUUGAUAAAAACAUUGGUAGAGAUAGCUCGCCUAAUCAUUCUGAUAAAGUUCAUUGCCCUCAUCUAGAAGCUCUUGAGCUAGAAGUUCACAGGCUUAUCACAGUUGUGCCUAUCCUUGCUGGUAGCCAAUGCUCGCGUGAUCUUGAAUUUGAAGGAUAUAAUUUAUCAAAAGGAACUUUGAUCAUUGCAAACAUUUGGUACAUUCAUCAUAAUCCGAAAAUAUGGGGAGAUCCUUGGAAUUUCCGGCCUGAACGUUUCUUGGAUGAAGAUGGCCAGCUUCUUCCUAGGGAACACAUCUUUCGGCGAAAUUGCAUACCAUUUGCAGUAGGUAGAAGACAAUGUCUCGGAGAGCAGUUUGCAAGAUCAAGAUAUUUUCUAUAUAUGGCUACAUUGCUCAGAAAAUGGAAAUUUGUUGGUUCUCCGGGAAAGUUUGGGUCAUGUGACCCUAGAGAUAGUGCUUACAUUGAAAACAAAGUCACAUAUCGAGCAAAGUCAUUCUUUUGCACAGCAGUUAAGCGAUAACUUUAUACAGACGACGUAACAUUUAUUAACUCUUUACGUUUGAAUUGUGAAAACUAUUAAUCCUGAAUCAAAUUGUUAAUUGAUCGCAAAACUCGUUAUACAUGUGGAAAAAGGGAGAUCUCUGUCGUUCUGGUCGGGUCAAUAAAUUACAGUUUGUUUGUCUUAUGUUCCUAAACAUUGACAGAAUAUUUAAUAUAUACGAAUUAGCAAAUUGUUUGGCAAAGUGCCAUCAAAACCACCGGGUGUUUGUUACACCAACAGGCGUAUUAUAGUAAGAUAUUCUUAUGAGACAUUUAGGCACUUUGUUGGAUGAAUUGUUAUAAAACUCACCAUUAAUGUAUAUAAUAAUGGGUUAAUGAUGCUGAUCAAAUCAUUUCUAAAUGUAAUCGUAAGAAUUUGAAU